ACGAUUUAUUUCCCUUUAUUAAUAAAAUCUCAUGCUCAUUCUCGGAAAUCCCAAAUCCCCCUUUUUCCCCUCUUUUUAAGCAGCAUUUUCAGCAGAUAGGGUUCCAAAUUUUCCUUCUCUGAUCUAGGGUAUAAACCCCCACCGCCGAUUCCGGUCUAGUAGCCGUUAACCAAUAGUUAGUCCCGCCGAUUCAUCCCGUUGUUGUCCGUUAGAGGGUUGGAGGCUUUGGAUCUGUCAUUUUUGGUACGGUUUGUGGGUUUUUCGUAAUUUGAAUUUUUGACCGUUAUUUCGUCGGAGAUGUCGGGGGUGGAGGCGGAGAAGAAGGUUGAGGAGAAACAGGAAGAGGCUGUGAAGGGUGGAGAGUUGUUGUUCUGUGGUGCCACGUGCUGGGAUGCCAUUGGUCGUCGCAGGGUAUCCUCGGAGUGUAACUUGGUCUCUCCCACUCGGCUUCGGCCUCUCGUCGGCGUUGACAUUCGCUUCGUUGCCUCUGGUUCAACAUCUUGUCAUUGUGUGGCAUUGGAUGUGGAAGGACGUUGCUAUACUUGGGGGCGCAAUGAGAAGGGACAACUUGGUCAUGGCGAUAUUAUUCAGCGCGAUAGGCCAACGGUUGUGUCGGGACUGUCAAAGUAUAAUAUCAUUAGGGCGGGGUCUGGGAAGAGCCAUACAGUGGUAGUAACUGAAGAUGGGCUCUCCAUGUCCUUUGGCUGGAAUAAACAUGGGCAGCUUGGUACAGGAUCCACUAAAAAUGAACUUGAGCUGUCUCCUGUACGUUGUCUAGUAUCUGAAGUAAAAAAUGCUGCUUGUGGGGCUGAGUUUACUGUGUGGUUAACUUCUGUUGAAGGAGCUUCUAUACUAACUGCUGGUCUUCCACAGUAUGGUCAGCUUGGACAUGGAACUGACAAUGAGUACAAUACUAAAGAUAGCUCAGUCAGACUUGCUUAUGAGGCCCAACCUCGCCCUAGGGCAAUACCAUCUCUUGCUGGAGAAACCAUAGUCAAAGUUGCUUGUGGAGCAAACCAUUCAGUGGCGGUGGAUACAAAUGGCUUUGUUUACACGUGGGGCUUUGGUGGUUAUGGGAGGCUUGGGCAUAAAGAACAGAAGGAUGAGUGGAUUCCUCGACGAGUUGAUGUUUUCUCAAAGCACAAUGUUGUGCCUCCAGAUGCAGUGAUUUCAGCUGGUUCACUUAAUUCUUCAUGUACAGCCGGUGGAGGGCAGUUGUAUAUGUGGGGCAAAAUAAAGAACAACGGGGAUGAUUGGAUGUAUCCUAAACCUUUGAUGGAUUUAAGUGGCUGGAAUUUACGAUGCAUGGAUUCUGGCUAUAUGCACCAUUUUGUUGGUGCUGAUGCCUCUUGCAUAAGUUGGGGCCAUGCACAGUCAGGGGAGCUGGGAUAUGGACCUAAUGGGCAAAAAUCUUCUGCACUCCCUAAAAAAGUAGACACUCUUGAGGGCAUGCAUGUUGUAAGUGUUGCUUGUGGAUUCGCCCACUCUCUGGUGGUUGUUGAUAGAACAAAUGUCGGUGAUCGACUUGAUCAGCUUGAUGUCUAUGAUGGCAAAGCUUCUGGCGAAGUGAGUGAAGAACCUGGGAGUAAAAUUCCAGUUUCUAAAAAAAGUACCAAAAAGGGUGCUGCUGCUAAAACAUCUGAGAGCAACAAGAAGAGGAAGAAGUCCAAAGAAUCAUCAGAGUCGGAUGAUGACGAUGAAGAUGAAGAUGAAAAUAGUGACGAAGACAAUGAUGACAGCGAAGCAGAGGUGAAUGGGAAAGCAGACCACAAGAGGCAACGCGGUGGAAAAGCUUCUGGCAGAGGUCGAGGCAAGAGUGCUAGCAAGCCCACUGCAGAGCCUAAAAGCAGCAGCGGGCGUGGGAGGAGCCGCCCUCCUGUAGAGAAGGGCUCACAGUCACAGAGCACCAAGGGAAAAGGAAAUUCAGGAAAGAGGGGAAGACCCCGGAAGUUAUGAGCUACUACAAUUUUUCUUUUGGGGGAACUAUUGUGCGAGUGCCGGGGAAAAAGAGUACUUAAUGUGUUUGAGAAGGUUGCCUUCUAUCCAAUUUUCUAAUUUUGGAAGAAGGGAGACUAUGUAAAUUUUUCCCUUAUGAUUCAAUUCUUAGUGAACUAAUGGCAAAACUGCUUAUAUGACGAGAGGUUUGAUGUCCUCUUUUUUUAAUAGUAAUAACUUUUAGUGUUUAUUUAAAAUUUUUUUUUGUGGUUCAACGGU